CACAUCCCCGACAAUGAUGCAUUUGAUCAACCAGCCAUCUGGAACGGAUUCUUGGAUACGCAGCAACCUUAUUGCACUAGUUCCUGUACAUUUGCACAGUUGCGAGAGAACGUCAAGCUGCCUGCCGCGGCAUCAGGCCGUUCAGUUGCACGCUUUGGUCAGGCUUAUAUUCACCACCUCCGGCCCUCCGAGUCUAUGGAGCAUCACCCCUCUGCUCAAAGUUGGAUCUUUUGGAUUUUUCUUCAUACUCUCAAUUUCAUUGCGCAAGCCCUUGCAAAUCCCUCCCGAGCUCUCACUGCACGCCUGCAACAACCAUGUCGCGAAGCAAUGAUCGGCGCAAUGAUCGUAGAUUUGACAGUGCCUUAAGCCUGGCGCUGGAUCAGCAACUAUCUCUGCAUACUUCCACAAGCAUGCACGGGCCGCCCGCUUCCCAACCCUGGUCCUCGUACAAUGUCAGGCAAGAUUCGUUUACCGAGACUGAGUCCACGAACGAGACGCCUGCCUCGUCACUGUACGAGAACGACUCCACCUCGACAGCACAAGCAUUCCCGCCAAAACCGCUAGACUCGAUACCUCGUUCCUCCUCUCCGCCUGCACUGUCGUCUGCUUCGGGUGUAGCGAAUUCGAGCACCAUCUCCUGUGGCCAGUGUGGCACCGACUUCACAGGAGGCUAUCGUCGGGGAAAUCUUGCCCGCCAUGUGCGCCACAAGCAUGGACAAGCAAAUGCGAGAUCUUACACCUGCCGUGCCCCAAACUGUCUGCAUGACUUUCGGCGGCAGGAUGCUAGGUUGAAGCACGAGCGCAAAGCGCAUCCUGAGUUGGAACACGCACCUGUGGAACCGCGUCAGCACCAUGAACAAAGCUCGUCUGGCGCACUUUCAUACCCAAUCGAAUCGGAUUGCGCACUCGGAGUAUCCUCUGAUGCAACCGAUGACUACGAGUACAGUCAUGCCGUCAUUUCCACACCACAGAAUACAUCGACACACGGACACAUCUCAACAAACCUAGUUGCUGCAUGGCAGACUUUUUCUCGACUACACGCAACACUCGACGACGAAAACUACUCGCUUGCAUGUGAUGUCCUGUUCACGCGCUGGGAAGCUAUUGCUCAGGAAUUGAAGGAUAAGGCAUCGGAUGCAUAUGAUGUGUACGCGCAAGUCCUGGAUGACUUAUACUCUGUCAUUGCCGUGAUCGACUGCGAGACGCCUGUGGAUCAUCCAGAAGAAGUUCGAGAUCAGACUGAAUAUCUACGCCAGCACAGACCAUACCAGGAGACAGCGCGUCAUGGGUAUGUAGCUGUCAGUGCUCUUGAUACCGGAACUACUGCGUCAGGAAGUCACAACGACACUCUUAAAAGUCAUUCAUGGCGCCCGAAGGAAUCAAUCAGUGGCAAGAGUUCGACUGGACGAAAGGGAAAGGGGAGGAAGAGCCCAACACCCCGUGUCGAUUGUCCCAUGUACAAGCACUGGCUCGUAUAUCCUACCAGGAACAUUCCUCCGCCCUGCCAAGGAUGUAGUGCAAGCAGCAUGAACCAUGUUCGGAAUCACGUCAAGCAAAGACAUGUUGGAGAACGCGUCGGCAUGAUUCCAUUCUUCCAUCAUUGCACUCGUUGCGAAGGGAACUUCGUGGACUUUACGACUAGCAACGAUCACAGAGCCGCACGAGCUUGUGCACACACGCCCCAGCUGAGGAACAACAUCACUACGCCGUGGGCGCAGUUAUACCUUGCAAUUUAUCCAAGUGCCACUGAAGUCCCUAGACCUUGUAAGUGUUGUCGUUCAUGUCAGUAUCUGCGCUUUCAGCUAAUCAUCAAUGAAGUCACCGGUGAAGAAGGGUUUCUCCCUCCUGCUGUUGUCAUACAAUGCCGACCACGCUCUUUUUUAGACGGACCAUCCUCCGGGAAUCUUCAGGGGCCUCCUCAACCGGCGAGUAUGAGCCUUCCCUCCACUGAACAGCCAAUAUACGACGCUGUGAUGCACACAAUGCUACAAGAUGCCACCCGCUACCUCCCAUCCGGCGCCCCUGCUGCGGAUCUCAACACGCCGAGAACGAACGAACCCCACCCGGCAGUCCCUAGAUCCGGACAAGCGGCUUUCCAAAACCAACUGUUCAACGCCCAGUCGCACCUCCUCGGAGUGCUUCUUGAUGCUCCAAGGUACAUGUCUCAGCAGCAAAUUGCGGCAGCUGUGCAUUUUCUACAGCAGAUCGUCGACGUCGUUCGUGCUUUUCAGACAGCUUCUGUGGUGCCGGCUGCCUUGACUGUGGACACUCAACCCAGCAGCCAGAACCCCGACAAUGUAUUCAGCGAAGUGGCACUUUCGCCACAGACCGACCGAACGACCACUACAAAUGUCCUACCUGUGAGCCCCUCCAGGCUGUGCGAGUAUGGUCGUUCCCCAGUUGAUGGCACGUACGAUCGCAACGCACCCCUUCCUAUGGCUCAUGGUCAAAAUGACUUGGCACAUGUCUUCGAUCCCCCACUCUUCGACUUGAACUUUGACAUGAGCGAUGUUGACCUCAGCGGGUACCUCAACUUCGAGGACGGAGCUGCAUAACAGUCACGAGGGACGGGUAUGAAGGUAGUUUUGUAGGGAUCCAGACGCAUCCGAGUUCAUGACUCCUUGCUGCAAUCUCAAAGAGGUAUCUUCAUUCGUUUUCUCAGAGACUCAGGCAUCAUCCUUCCAGGACAUGAUGAUCAUUGCAAAGAACUGAUUCCUACCCGUCGUUGGUAUCUGUGCCCUCUUUUCCGAUCGAUGUUGCCCAGGGUUCAAGAAUGUGCAAGAGAUGCAAUAAAUGAAGGUGUAACCGCGCAGGGCAGUAGGUCAAGGUGGAACCGCGCGAAGCAGUAGAAUCAGUAUAUUGUAUUCUUCUGUUCUGUGAUUGCCCCUCACCAGGCAAUCAGCAG